GGCUCUGCUGCCCCGCUCACAGCGCUUUGCGGUAGUGUGGCUGGAGGCUCUGCUGAGGGGUCCGCGGCUUGGUGGUGAGUGGAGGGAAUUGGAGUAGCCGGUGUUGGCUGAACCUGGAACCAUGGACGUGGGCGAACUUCUGAGCUACCAGCCCAACAGGGGCACAAAACGUCCCCGGGAUGAUGAAGAGGAAGAGCUGAAAAUGCGUCGGAGACAGGCUGGUGCUCGAGAGCGUGGCCGCUUCCGAGAGGAGGAAAUGACUGUGGUAGAAGAAGCAGAUGAUGACAAAAAAAGGCUGCUUCAGAUUAUUGACAGAGAGGGUGAGGAGGAAGAGGAAGAGGAAGAACCAUUGGAUGAAAGUUCGGUGAAGAAAAUGAUCCUUACGUUUGAAAAAAGAUCAUACAAAAACCAAGAGCUUCGGAUCAAGUUUCCAGACAAUCCAGAGAAGUUUAUGGAAUCUGAGCUGGACCUAAAUGACAUCAUUCAGGAGAUGCAUGUGGUGGCCACCAUGCCAGACCUGUACCACCUUCUGGUAGAGCUGAAUGCUGUUCAGUCUCUUCUCGGGUUGCUUGGACAUGAUAAUACAGAUGUGUCCAUAGCUGUGGUUGAUUUGCUUCAGGAAUUAACAGAUAUAGACACCCUCCAUGAGAGUGAAGAGGGAGCAGAAGUACUCAUUGAUGCUCUGGUGGAUGGGCAAGUGGUAGCACUGCUAGUGCAGAAUCUGGAGCGCUUGGAUGAGUCUGUGAAGGAAGAGGCGGAUGGCGUCCACAACACCCUGGCUAUUGUGGAAAACAUGGCUGAGUUCCGGCCUGAGAUGUGUACAGAGGCUGCCCAGCAGGGUCUUCUCCAGUGGCUGCUGAAGAGGCUGAAGGCAAAGAUGCCUUUCGAUGCCAACAAACUGUAUUGUAGUGAAGUGCUGGCCAUAUUGCUCCAGGACAAUGAUGAAAACAGGGAAUUGCUUGGGGAGCUGGAUGGAAUCGAUGUGCUUCUUCAGCAGUUAUCCGUGUUUAAAAGACACAAUCCUAGCACCGCUGAGGAGCAGGAGAUGAUGGAGAAUCUGUUCGAUUCACUCUGCUCCUGCCUAAUGCUCAGUUCCAAUCGUGAACGCUUCCUGAAGGGCGAGGGUCUUCAGCUGAUGAAUCUCAUGCUCAGAGAGAAGAAGAUCUCCCGGAGCAGUGCCCUGAAAGUGCUGGACCAUGCCAUGAUUGGACCCGAGGGCACAGACAAUUGCCACAAGUUUGUUGACAUUCUUGGCUUACGAACCAUCUUUCCCCUUUUUAUGAAGUCUCCCAGGAAGAUCAAGAAAGUGGGAACCACUGAGAAGGAGCAUGAAGAGCAUGUCUGUUCGAUCCUGGCUUCCCUCCUGCGGAACCUGAGAGGGCAGCAGCGAACUCGGCUUCUGAAUAAAUUCACUGAAAAUGACAGUGAGAAGGUCGACAGAUUGAUGGAAUUGCAUUUUAAAUAUCUGGAUGCAAUGCAGGUGGCCGACAAGAAGAUUGAAGGAGAGAAACAUGACAUGGUCCGGCGUGGAGAAAUCAUCGACAAUGACAUCGAGGAUGAGUUCUACCUCCGGCGCUUGGAUGCGGGGCUGUUUGUUCUCCAGCACAUCUGCUACAUCAUGGCAGAGAUCUGCAAUGCCAACGUGCCCCAGAUUCGCCAGAGGGUUCACCAAAUCCUAAAUAUGCGAGGAAGCUCAAUCAAGAUUGUCAGGCACAUCAUCAAGGAGUACGCAGAGAACAUCGGGGACGGCCGGAGCCCAGAGUUCCGGGAGAGCGAGCAGAAGCGCGUCCUGGGCCUGCUGGAGAGCUUCUAGGGGCCCUGGCCCUGGGUGGCAUGGACUCUCUGGGCCUCCCCCAGAAGCAGUUUUUACACAGCUCAGUGUGACUUUUGGACAAAUUAAAGCUAGUUUUGGUAUUCC